GAAAUCAAAACUGAGAAUGGACUUGACAGCAAUGGAAACACUAAAGAAAACCAGGACAUUAACACACCAAUCAAGUUGGAGCUGGAGGACGAGAAGAAGACGAAUUCUCCGAUGAUGGGUCAGUCCGUCCCUAACAACAGCUGGCACAACUGUCGACGACUCAUCUACGUCCCCCGCUCGGCUCAGAAGGGCUACUCCGUCGGGCAUUGGCCCAUUCCUGAGGCAUUCUGGCCGGACACCACUAACUCAACUCUACCUCCCCGUUCGGCCCACCCUGCAGUGAAGUUUUACUGCUCCCCCUGUGAGCCCAUGGUGAUCGGAAACCUCCCGUUUGAUAAGUACGAGUUAGAGCCCUCCCCCCUCACACAGUACAUCCUGGAGAGGCGGCAGCCCAACUCCUGCUGGCAGGUCUUCAUUAACGGCAGUGCUAAAUAUAGCGACGUGGGACACCCCUUUGGGUAUCUGAAGGCCAGCAGUACCCUAAGUUGUGUUAACCUGUUUCUAAUGCCAUACAAUUAUCCUGUGCUGCUUCCUUUAUUAGAUGAAUUGUUCAAAGUUCACAAGCUGAAGCCAACACAGAAAUGGCGAAGUCAGUUUGACACGUACCUCAAAACCAUGCCAUCUUAUUAUGCUGGGCCCUUAAAAAGAGCCUUAGCCAGAAUGGGUGCUCCUAAUCUAGUCCCUGACAAUAUGGACAACAGUCUGAGUUAUAGUGUAAUCACCUACCUAAAGAAACUCAAAAACCAGGCCAAGAUUGAGAUGGAUCGUCUGAUAGCAUCUGUUGGACAGAAGGUUCCUCUUCACGAGGGCAUUAAAGUAGAUUCCAGAACUAAGACCUCUGUUCUACAGAGGCGAGACUUUAACCAGUUGUUACAGAACGCGGGUGGGAAUCUACAAAACCUAAAGCAGGAACUGAACGAUUACAACACGUUUACUGUCGCCGUGGCCGACAGGGACAUCAAACCUCAAUACUAUAGAAAUCCAUAUGAUAUACCUCGAAAAAACCUUAUAGAUCAAAUAGCAAGAAUGAGAUCAAAUUUUCUACAAAAAUCCUACCAUAGAACAAAACUUGUGGAUGAUGAUCAAGCUCACAGUAUACCGGUCCAACAGAUGGGGAACUACCAGGAUUACCUGAAGAAACAGCCAGCCCCGCUACGAGAGCUGGAAACCUCCCCCGCCAGGCUUCAUACCUUCGGAAAUCCAUUCAAAGUCAAAAUGAACAUGGUUGACGAAGCAGAUGACCCGACAAUAGAUAAGCCGUCCAAGCGUCGGAGCUUAGAGAGUCCCUCACCAGGUCCAAAAAAACGCAAAGUUGGUCCACUACCGAAGGACUAUGUGUUUAGUAGAUCCCCCACUCCCACCCCACCUGCCUCCCCCAUACCAGACCAGAUGAUAGAGGAAGACUUCAGUCCAAAACCAGAACCUACAGAUUAUGAAGUGGAGGAGAACAAUAUUUCAGAACAAGAAGACGAGGAUCAGCCGUUAAUAAUCGCUGAACCGGAACAAAGUGACUCAAAGAAAAACCACAUCGGAGAAAAUCACGUCCCUCACGGAGAGUCGGAGGAUUAUCUGUUUAAUUCGGUGAAUUCUCGACAGAAAAGUGUGAACAAUAGUAAGAAAGACUCACUGAUAUGGACUCACAAUACACGGUUAAAACACACUGUCUACAAGGAACUCAAGAAACCAGGACGAAAUUACGACAACUUGUUUCACCAAUUAAAUUCAGUCCAGGGAAAUGUGGAACUUAAGUGCGCGUUUAUCAGUGAUGUCAUUCGGGAAGCCAGUCGCUUCAAGAAAAAGGUGCUAAUCCAAAUGUUGGAACAGUUUCAGAACUCACUAAUGCAAGUGGAGGGGAGGAAAUGCAACAGCUUCACCAUGGAAACCAGAUGAUAUUCAAUUUAUCAGAAAAUUUCAAGUUAUUGUGACAAGAUUAUAUUCCUCAGUGAUAAACAGACAAAAUCAAUCUGUCAAAAAUUUAUUUCUUUGUUGCAUUAUGAAUUUAUGAGGCAUAAUUUUGAUAGAAGAAAAUAAGAGAAACGUAAUGAAAAAUGUUUAAUUAUGAAUAUUAAUGAGGAUAUGAUAAUUAAGCAAUACCACUGUGUUCAGUUAAUAGGAGAUGUCGUAUUUUGACAUGCUGAUCUGUGAUAUAUCAUCCAUCAUUACACAAGUAUGUCUGACUUGUAAAUCAGGACUUUUAAAUCUUUUUUUUUUCAUUGUGUGGAUAAACAUUUUGUGGAUUGUUAAUUUAAAUUUUUAUCAAUAAAUAUACAUUUAAAACAUAUUUUGAAUCUUCCUUGGAAUUUUGCAUUUAUAAAAGAUUUGUGCCAACAUAACCUUCGAAAUUUUUUUUUUUAAACUUGCAGUUCCUU